AGAUGGCAGUGGAGACGGUGGAGCUCCAUAAGCUGGAGCUUGCUGAACUAAAGCAAGAAUGUCUUGCUCGUGGUUUGGAGACCAAGGGAAUAAAACAAGAUCUCAUUAACAGGCUCCAGGUAUAUCUUGAAGAGCAUGCUGAAGAGGAGGCGAAUGAAGAAGAUGUACUGGGAGAUGAAACAGAGGAAGAAGAACCAAAGCCCAUAGAACUGCCUGUCAAAGAGGAAGAACCCCCUGAAAAAACUGUUGAUGUGGCAGCAGAGAAGAAGGUGGUAAAAAUUAUAUCUGAAAUGCCACAAACUGAGAGAAUGCACGAGAGGGCUGAACGAUUCAAUGUACCCGUGAGCUUGGAGAGUAAGAAAGCUGCUCCGGCAGCUAGGUUUGGGAUUGCUUCAGUUCCAACAAAAGAUCUGUCAUCUGACACCAAGCCUAUGGUUAACCUGGAUAAGCUAAAGGAAAGAGUACAAAGAUUUGGUUUGAAUGUCUCUUCAAUCUCUAGAAAUGUUAGUUUUUUCAAUGCUGCAGAUUGAA